AUGCCAACGUCCUCGUUGCGCACCUGGAUCGUCACCCCUGACGGUGUAAGUCAAGGCCACUUCAACUUGACUCCACACUCUCGUCUGGGUUUGGCUCUGAUACCAAAUUAUAACGCCCGACCGCCCUUCCCGGUGAGUCACCCACGCCCUCCUCUGGCCCGCAGGCCCAUCUCGGCCCGUGGGCCUCACCCCUGUCCGACGGCCGGUCACCCAUCCUUCAACUACUCCAGCCCAAGCACGCUUAACUUUGGAGUUACUUAUAGACCUUUGACCGAAAAGAUUUCAGCAGUAGAUGAUGAUUAUGAUCUUUCCCUUGUUACAUUUGUCAAAGACAGGGGGAAUGAACUAACUCCACCAGAAUCUCGAACAGAGGAACAAGAUGGCUCCGUAUCUGAAACUGCUAGUGAACCAAUCCUUGCAGAACAACUAGGUCGCGGUCGUCGUCAUUGUACUUCAUCUACUCGCCUCAAUGAAUACAUCACCUACUCUGUUCGGUGUGAAAAUGAUAAUCCCGCUCUCCUCUCUCCUCACUCCAACUCGACAUCUUCUGGUAUGUGUAUCUAUCCUAUUGCUAAUUUUGUCUCAUGUGAUCGUUUUUCCGACAGUCACACUAUCUUUUUGGCUGAAAUCACCCUUAGAGAAGAACCUCUUUACUUUAAAGAUGCAGUACAAUUUGAAGUGUGGCGGAAAGCAAUGGGUUUUGAGGUUGAGGCACUAGAGGCAACAAAAACGUGGAGUUUAACCGAGCUUCCACCAGGGAAGAAAGCCCUUGCAUCCAAAUGGGUUUAUCGUAUCAAAUACAACUCCGACGGAUCCAUUGAGCACCACAAAGCAAGAUUAGUUGUUAUGGGAAAUUUUCAAGAGGAGGGAAUAGAUUAUGAUGAGACGUUUGCUCCCGUGGUCAAGAUGAAUACAGUUCGAAUACUCCUACAAGUUGCUAGUGCAAGGAAUUGGGAACUUCAUCAAAUGGACGUCCACAAUGCAUUUCUUCACGGUGAUAUCAAUGAAGAAAUCUACAUGAAACCACGGCCGGGGUUUCAACCUUCUAAUCCCAAUCUUGUUUGCAAACUCAAUAAAUCUCUGUAUGGUUUACGACAGGCGCCUCACUGCUGGUUCUCUAAGCUCUCCAAAGCUCUCCUUGCUUAUGGUUUCGUUCAAUGUCGGAAAGACUACUCUCUGUUCACUCUCGUUCGAGGAUCCACGGUACUCCAUAUUCUCGUCUAUGUCGAUGAUUUAGUGAUUAAUGAUUCUGCUGUCAUCUCACAGUUCAAAAAUUACCUUAACACUUGUUUUCGGAUGAAAGAUUUGGGUCUUCUCAAAUACUUUCUGGGAAUAGAAGUCUAUCGUGGACCAGAUGGUAUCUACCUCUCGCAACGCAAAUAUUGUCUUGACAUUUUCGCUGAAUGCGGUCUUAGUGGUGCACGUCUUCUCGACACACCUCUUGAAUAG